AUGACCGAGUCCGAGAAAGAUGGUGUCCCAGACUUCCCGGUUUGGGGGGCUCGAAACCGGGGCAGUCGAGAGAUUUCGUUCUCGGUUUGUCGCGCCGCUUGCAUAAAUUUGUCUAUCUGGCGUGAAAAAGCGCGCAAUGUGAAGAGUAUAGACUUCCCGGUUUGGGGCGCUCGAAACAGGGCGAUUACGAAGAUCGCGCAGACGGGCUCGAGGGCUAGCUUCGAGGCAAAGGCAGCGGCUGAACUCAAAGAGUACGCGCGAAAGGCCGACUCCAAAGGGUGGAAGGUCUGUGACGGCAACCUGAAGUGCCUUGUGCAGAGUGCCCGUCAUCCUGCGGGAUGCCCGGAUGCCCUGCACUGCGGGUGGCCAAAGGCCGUGGAGUUGGCCGCAGCACAUAGGCCAACGCCAGACAGCUUGCGUUUGCUGCUGGUGACUUGCCGCCCGGCCAGACACAUUUGGUUUGUAAAAGGCUCGCUUUCCGGGGAUCCCCUAAAACGUCCUGUUCCUGGAGAUGCCUAG